UGAGAGCCGAGAGAGCUAUCAAAUGUCAAGAUGUCUGCUAGCAGUAAAGUGUUAGGAGUCUGGGAUGAAAAAGUGAUUUUCUGGAAGAAUAUGUAGAAUUUUUCAUCUCCUUACCAGUCAGAGCAAAUUCGCAACUAUGAACAUAAUGCGCAAGUUGCGAGGGAGCAACAGUGUUGCUGGUGUCGGAUCUGGAAGUGGGGGUAGCAUCGAUGACGGAGCUAGUGGAGCCAACCCACAGCAUACAGCUUUGGGCCUCAUGCAUCUCAAGAAGCUUUUUUCAGAAUACACACAUCCACCACACCCUCUUAGUGAGGCAGAACGUGAUGACAAACUUUAUAACAUGCUACCCUUGUUCUGCAAGGUAAAAUUAGUCUUUGGUUCUAGUCCUUCUGGGGAUAUGAACGAAAAAUUCUGGGACAUACUAGCAUUUACUCAACAAGUGUCCAAGUUAAUGGUCUCCGAAAUACGACGACGAGCUAGUAACCAAAGUACUGAAACAGCCAGCUGUGCUAUUGUUAAAUUUCUUGAGAUCGAAAAUAGCGAAGAAUCUAGUAAUGGAUGGAUGUUACUAUCGGCGCUAAAUCUGUUAGCUGCUGGUGAUACCUCUCUAAUACAGGUUAUGACAACAGCCUCAGUACCAUCAACAUUAGUUAAAUGUCUUUAUUUAUUUUUUGACUUGCCUCAAAUGAGUGAAGUCGAAGCUGAUGUAGCUGAUACUAAUAGCGAAUUUACUCCAAGAGAACGCAGGAUCUUGCUACAGAAAAUAUUUGUACAGGUAUUGGUGAGAUUGUGCAGCCACCCAUACCCAGCAGAAGAGCUUGCAAGAAAAGAUGAUCUCACCUUAUUAUUUUCUGCGAUAACAAGCUGGUGUCCACAGUAUAAUGUAAUGUGGCGUAAAAGUGCUGCGGAAGUCUUAAUGACAUUAUCACGGCAUGGCCUGACGCAGAAUGUUGUUGCUUAUAUUCACAACAAGGGAUGUAUAGCACUCUGUAUAGAUAAUAUGCAAAGAGUUCCCGAACUCGCACCCUUGGAAGUGGUAGAGAUGUUUGUGACUGUAUUUUGCUUCCUAAAAGACUCAAGUGAAGUAUCGCAAACACUUCUGGAUGAUUUCCGAGCUUGCCAAGGAUAUAUUUUCUUGUCGGAAUUUUUGCUGAAGCAUGCUCCGUCAAGACUAGAGCAAGAUGGUAGAGCAGAGGCUCAAGAUGCGAUCAGAAAUUUAGUAUUGAUGCUAGCUUCGUUAACAAUGUGUGGUCAUACGGAAUUGAAACCAAGUCAAGCCAGUAUGGGUUCGUUAUUUCAAAUGCUCGGCUUCACUCUCCCUCAACCGAGUAACAGAGGUGGAAGUGUUCGCAAUAUACAAGCAUUCCAAGUCUUACAAUCAGUAUUUGUGAAAUCGAAUUCUCCACUGUUAUGCUGCACAAUACUGGAUGCUAUAUCAAGCGUUUAUCACAGCGACAAUGCUAACUACUUCAUACUUGAAGGACAAAACACACUUUCUCAAUUUGCAGAGAAAAUUCACUUGAAGAAUCCGGAAAUACAGGAAAAAUUUUUCCAGUUACUUGAGUUCAUAGUGUUUCAGUUGAAUUUUGUGCCUUGCAAAGAACUCAUAUCACUUUCGAUAUUACUUAAAUCCAACAAUUCUGUCAGCUGCAGUAUCAUGUGUAUGGAAACACUCCUGAAUAUACUGAGGCACAACACAAUAUUUAAAGAAGUAUACAGAGAAGUUGGAAUGUUAGAAGUCUUUGUGACUUGUCUUCAUCGAUAUGCAACAUUACUUAAGGAUAAACAAGUUGCUCAAGAUCAAGGAUUGGAGUACAUAAUGUGUCCAGAUCAAGAGCGUCUGGGUGCUUUGAUCAUGGAAGCAUUGACUACACUGUUAGCAGGCAAUGUUCAAAAUGCUAACGUAUUUAGAGAAUGUGGAGGAGCUCGUUGUUCUCACAAUCUUGUACCAUACACCGAUUGUAGGCAUCAAGCACUUGGAAUUGUUAGGGAAUUAGUGAUAAGUGCUGGCGGAGACGAUGACAUGGCUACAUUACUUGGAGUAAUGCAUUCCGCACCGCCAACUGCGUUGGUUCUGAAAACUCAUAUUUUGAAGUCCUUGCUCGCUUGCCUGAGAGAGUCUCAUCGGACAAGAACAGUAUUUCGUAAAGUGGGAGGGUUUGUUUAUGUGAUGUCAGUUUUGGUAUCUUUGGAAAGUAGACUGGGCAACAAAUUUGUGGAAAAUAAUGAGCCAUGUAACAAUAUAUCUCAAAACAUGUGUCGGAAUGAAUCUCCAUUACUGAUGUUGUUACAUGUUGUGUUUCACACAAUCAGCACUGCCAUGCGAUUUGAACCAGCGAAUGCUAAAUUUUUCCAUCAUGAGAUAUGUCAAUCAAGCUUAUGUGACACUCUGCGACUCCUUGGUUGUUUCUCCUCGCAAACAAAGUUGACUAAUUCUGACGUUGUUUUGACAUCGAAUCACCACAAUGUGUUGCAUUCGUUAUUUACUAGCAAUGUUUUGGAUCCUACAUUUCCAAGCGAAAUGCCAAACGCCCUUGGCUACGCAUGCUUGUUAUUGAGGCUUCUUUACGACGUUGCCUUAGAUGCGUUCGACAAACCAAAUUUGACUGGAGUAGGAGUUCGAUCUCCAAGUCACAGACAUGUAAACAUUGAGCACCAAAAGUCUCUUGAUUCCCCGGGUAGUGGAAAACGUUCGACUGUAAAUUCGUUGAACUUGAAUCCUCCAACUCCGGAACCAAUUGUCAUACACCCUGGGAUUGUCGUUGGAAUGCUUCAUCUUCUUCCGUCGAUAACAGACGAUACAGAAAAACAAAUAGCUUUAGCCUUGCAGUUAUAUAUAGCUGAAAUAAUCAAGAGCUUAGUACGUUCGGAAAGGAACCAGCAAGUAAUGUGUGAAGCGGGAAUGGCAGGUGAACUUCUGACCAUGGGAAAAGUUGCGCUCCAGGAUGAAACACAUCCACUACAUCAACCUUUGCAAUAUAUAAUUGAACGACUUGCUGCCCAGUCUUUAGAACCAACAGACUUGAGGGAGUUCUUGCGGCUUGGAGAUCCAUUAUGCUGCAUCUCAUUAGAUGAUAUUGAGCCCAAUAAGCCCAAACCCGGGGGACCGGUUCCCCUAACACGCAUAAAAACACUAGUAUCCAUGACAACGCCGAAAGACUUUAGAGCUCAUGGAUCUUGCACACUACCACCGUUUGUUGAGUUGGACAUGAGUGCAGAAGGCUUUGCCUGUCUAUACCUACCUAGCAUUGCACCUCAGAGUACCACACCACCUACAGUCGUUACUGCUGAUAACAGUGUUCUCGGAGGCAUUGGUUCUGGUGAUCGAUUAUUUCCGCCACAAACUGGACUGACAUUCAGUACUUGGAUAUGUGUAGACAAGUUUAGUGAUCCACGAACUGAUCCACAUUGUGUGAGAUUAUUAACUCUAGUACGCAGCCCACAAGCAUCAAGAGAUUUAAUUUGUCUCACAGCAGUUCUUAGUGCAAGAGAUAAAGCCAUUAUUGUAUCAACACAUGAAACUCCAUUACCACAAAAUGUAGGUGAAUGGGAACCAGAAGUCACGGGUGAAUACGGAGCACGGGUGUGGUGUCCAGAUUUACUUCACGAAGGACAAUGGCAUCACAUAGCCAUUGUACUAAAUCGAGCAGUUUUAAAGAAUUCUAGUUUCUCUCUCUACCUCGAUGGCCAGCACAUUUUUAGCCAAAAGCUGCACUAUAUAUCUCAAACUCCUGGGUGUGGCGCAGCAAAUUUGACUGUCGCAUCCCCGGUAUAUGGGUACAUUGGUACACCACCAUGUUGGCGGAGGUAUUCUAGACUGACUUGGAAGCAGGGACCGUGUCACCUGGUGGAAGAAGUGUUCAAUGCUCAAAAUAUAGCCACACUAUUCAAAUUGGGACCGCACUAUAUGGGCAGUCUACAAGCGCCACAGUUAGGUUCUGAGCCGUUGCCAGCACUUGUAGUCGAAGAAAAAGUUGUAUUUGGAUUAAAUGCAAAAGCUAUGUCACAACUGACGCUUGCUAAAAUUCGAAAAGUCUAUAGUCGAGCUGAUAACAAAUCCAUAGCUAAACAGUUGGGCAUGUCAUCCCAUGAGAAUGCCACACCUAUCAGAGUGCUUCACAACUCAGCAGGACACCUCAGUGGUCCAGCAAGGGCUCUUGGCGGUGUCGUCGUAGGGUAUCUUGGAGUAAGAGUCUUCAGUCCUCGACCUGUUGCCACAAUGAUUGAUAAUGUGGGCGGCUGCUCUGUUUUGCUUGGUCUUAUCGCAAUGGCGCAAGAUGUAGAAUCUCUUUAUGCUGCUGUUAAGGCCUUAGUUUGCGUUGUCCGAUCGAAUCAAGCUGCUCAACAAGAAAUGGACCGCAGAAGAGGAUACCAAACCUUAGCUAUGCUCUUGAGAAGGAAGUGCCCAUUACUAAACAGCCAUAUUUUACAUCUUACGUUCAGUUUAGUAGGUACAGUUGAUAGCGGUAGAGAAACCAGUGCCAUUCCCAAUUUGACGGCAUUCCAAGAUCUUCUGUGUGACUUGGAGGUAUGGCAUGAAGCACCUGGAGAACUUCUACGCUCCCUUCUUGAACACCUGUACGAAUUAAUUGCUGAAUCAAGCGAAAAGAGAACCAACCUCCGAAUAAUGAGAGAUCUACAAUUAGUUCAUAAAUUACUACAUAUUCUCAGUGAUGUCAAACAAAAUACUACUAGACAGGUCCUUUUAGCGCUGUUGAGUAUCUUGCUGGGCCAACCAAGACAGGCUGAUCUCCUGUGGUUCGGCCAAUUUAUCGUUGCUACUUUGCCAGUUGGAUCGGAAAAACAUCUAGUUUUGCGAGAAGGUGAAAACGGCAAGGAGGGUGAAGGGGAGAAUAUUUUGUUGAGGAAUCGAUGCCUCCAGCUACUACACUCGUUAUUAUUCUCUGGAAUGAAAGUGACCAAUAACAUGUGCGAAGAUGUUGUAAAAGUGUUAGGAUUAGAUUGGAUACUGUUGUUUCUCCAACCUGGACUUCACAGCACUACAGUUGUAUGGGGACUACGGAUCCUUGUAGCUGUGACCUCUGUACAGUCGAUAUUACAAAAGUUUAAAGAGGGAACAACCAAUGGUGGUUGGUUAAGGCACACUGACCCCAACAGAAUGGCCUUAGCGCUUGGGUGUCAUCAACAGAUGACUAGUGGUGAAAUAAAAUCCGUAGGUCUUCAUGUGCCAGGAUUUCAGCAUCUUGGCUGGCUACUUCCCCAACAUGUGGAUCUUGUUCCUGAGCUGUAUUUUUUGUUUAUUGCUCUGAUGUUGGGACAGCCAGUGAAACUUUUACCUGCCGAUUCGAAGUUGGAUCUCAACAAUGUCUGGAAUUUUAUGUUCGGUGUACCAGCUAAUCAAUCCCUUUCCUCAUUAUCUGGAAAAAUCAAUUUAUGUCCUGAAGCUGUUGUCACAUUAUUGGCUAUGGUUCGCACUAUGCUUAAUAGUCAUAUCAAUGGGUCAGAAACGUUACCAGAGUGGCUCAACGACUAUCCAGUGACAAUCAUACAAUUUCUGUUUUUUCUCUAUCACAACUUUAACGAUUUUAUGCAAGUUUAUAUGACUGCUGAAGUCCUAGGUGCGCUAGCAGGGACAUUAUUUCCAAAACCGCCCAGCUGCAGUCAAGACAGUAGUGGAGCCAGCACACCUGCUGAUGAGGAACCGGUUUUAGUAAGAUCUCCAUCAAAAGAUAUUGGUCUGACGAAUCAUAUAGCCAAGAAAUUCGUCAUGGACUUUCUUCGUGUCAUAAUUGUUGACUCUUUAUCACUGCCGGUAACUGCAAAGGCACCGCCCUCAAUCGAUCUCGUAUUGGAAGCAUGGCCUGAGCAUGCUUCAACCAGUCAACAAACUCGCUAUCAAACUGAAGUGUUGUCGAUUUUAAUGGAGCAUUUAUUGGCAGCAGAUGUUUUGAUCGGUGAACAGGCUGCAUUGCCUGUAGUACCUGGUGGAUCAGCUAAUAACAUAACUAGUAACGUUUGCUAUGUUGCUGCCAGAAUAGUGGAUAAAUUGUGGCAAGGAGCAUUGACUAAAGACCCUCACGAAGUGUUCGAUUUCAUUGUAAAAUUAAUUGGACAAGCAAAGCGUAGACCAGGUGUGGUCAGUAUGGAGGGACUUCACCACUGUCUCAAUAGAACCAUCCUAUUCCUUCUUUCUCGAGCUACUGAUUCUAUAGCUGAUCAAAUGGCUGUGCUCGAAGCAUUGCAUAAACUGACUAACAACAGAUUAUUAGUGUUUGGCGCAGGCAAUCAUGAGCUCGAAUUCAUUGGCUGUUUGACUUAUUGCCUUCUUCAGCUGACAGCAGACAUGAAAAUUAUGUUGGAUACGAAUAUGAAAACUACAUGGCAUGUUAAUCCCCAAGUUGAGGCUAGCGAUGACAGAUUAACAUCUCAUCAAGGACAUAACUUGAUGGCUGUAGCUGCGUUGAGAGUAUGGGAGGAAUUAUAUGUAUGUAAAAAACCAGCUAUUGAGGAAGUAUUCAAAGUGACUCUAAUUCCACCAACUGGUAAUGAACGAGCUCCUGAUCUAGCCAUAGUAAGAGAUCAAGUAUCCGAAGCUGCCACUAAGUUAUGGCUCAAUUAUGUUGAUUUAGAACGUAAAGCAUCUUACCGAGUGCCUUGGGAAUUGCAUAAUCAAAUACAAUCUAAAAUACAGAAGGUUACCGGUGGUUUAACAAGAUUAGCCAGUCGAACUAAAGUUAGAAAAGAAGAAUCCGUUCAUGUUCGAGUUAGACUCCAUCAAAACAAAGUCGCUCAAUGGACUGAACAGCAUGUCGCCUUGGUCAGAGAAUUAGCUGCUUCCAGACGUCUUCAGCAUCAGCAUACCAAUCAACAUACACAGCGAUAUGUUUACCAGGAAUGGCUACAGACAGAAACAGAACUUACUAGAGAACGCGGCCUUUGGGGACCGCCGACUCCCACACAACUUGACAAGUGGAUGCUUGAUAUGACUGAGGGACCGUGUAGAAUGCGUAAAAAGAUGAUGAAAAAUGAUCUCUUCUACAUUCACUACCCUUACAGGCCUGAAUUGGAACAUCCAGAUAAUAAACAACUUAAAUACAAAGUUGCAACUAGUACAGACAGUAAAGAGUAUUAUUUGAAACAAUUGGGAAAUUCUGCUGGAAUGUUUGAACGAGAACGUGAUCCUGUAAUAGACGAUAGUCCGUUAAAUGUAAAUGAUACCUCAGCCGAUAGUGAACCACCAAUGGUACCUUGUACUCUUGAACGUCACGCCAGUGAGCCUGACGAAACAAUUGAAGACAUUGAGCAAGAAGAAGAAAACAAUCAAACGGUCCCUGAUAAUCAGACGUUACUCAGAUUACUUGAAGAACAUGAAAAGAUAAGUCAUAUGUUCAGAUGCGCUAGAAUACAAGGUUUAGACACAACUGAGGGACUGCUCUUAUUUGGGAAAGAGCAUUUUUACGUAAUCGAUGGAUUUACUUUAUUGAAAUCUCGGGAGAUUCGAGAUAUCGAAAGUCUGCCAGAGGCAUAUGAACCUAUAUUACCUUCACCUGGCUCGCCUCGAAGAUCUAGAGCAAUGAGACAAUGUUCAAAAUUCAACUAUGAAGACAUAAGGGAGGUACACAAAAGAAGAUAUCUGUUACAGCCAAUGGCAUUGGAAGUAUUUAGCGGUGAUGGUAGAAAUUAUUUGUUAGCAUUUCCAAGAAAAGUUAGGAACAAGGUUUACACGCGAUUUAUGACUUUUGCAACGGCCAUAGCUGAUAGUGCUCAACAAUCUGUAGCAGGACAAAAACGAACAGCAAAUGUUGAGCAAGCGACGGGUCUUCUUUCGAAUUUGAUUGGUGAAACAUCGGUCACUCAACGAUGGGUGAGAGGAGAAAUAUCCAACUUCCAAUACCUCAUGCAUCUAAAUACCUUAGCUGGUCGUAGCUAUAAUGAUCUCAUGCAGUAUCCAAUAUUUCCAUGGAUUUUGGCUGACUAUGAUAGUGAAGAACUAGACUUAAGUGAUCCGGCAACUUUCAGGGACUUUAGUAAACCUAUGGGGGCUCAAAGUCCAGAACGACUUUUACAGUUUAAAAAACGAUACAAAGAAUGGGAUGAUCCACACGGAGAAACUCCACCUUAUCAUUAUGGCACUCACUAUUCUUCAGCGAUGAUUGUGUGUUCGUAUCUUGUCAGAAUGGAGCCGUUUACCCAACAUUUUCUAAGGCUACAAGGUGGCCAUUUCGAUCUAGCUGACAGGAUGUUUAAUAGUAUUAAAGAGGCUUGGCUUUCUGCAUCUAAACAUAACAUGGCUGAUGUUAAGGAGCUUAUACCAGAAUUCUUUUAUCUGCCAGAAUUUCUCAUCAAUUCAAAUAAUUUCGAUUUAGGUUCUAAGCAAAGUGGGGUACAGCUGGGUGAUAUUGUUCUUCCUCCUUGGGCUAAGCAAGAUCCUCGCGAGUUUAUCAGAGUGCAUAGACUUGCUUUAGAAUGCGAUUAUAUAUCGCAACACUUGCAUCAGUGGAUAGACUUAAUAUUUGGUUACAAACAGAAUGGCCAAUAUGCAGUCGAUGCAGUCAACGUAUUCCAUCAUUUAUUUUAUGAAGGAAAUGUUGAUAUCUACAACAUCGAUGACCCAUUGAAAAAGAAUGCAACAAUUGGAUUUAUCAAUAAUUUUGGUCAGAUUCCUAAGCAGUUAUUCAAAAAACCACAUCCAGCAAAAAAGAUGACGCAAAGAACUAGUGUGAUCGAUCCCGGACCUAUUACGCCAGGCCUAAGUAUCACCACUUCCGAUAGACUGUUCUUCCAUAAUCUUGACAAUCUAAAACCAUCCCUUCAACCAAUCAAAGAGUUGAAAGGGCCCGUUGGUCACAUACUACACCUAGAUAAAGCUGUACUUGCUGUUGAGCAGAACAAAACUCUAAUACCACCGUCGUAUAAUAAAUACGUUGCCUGGGGUUUUGCCGAUCAUUCUUUAAGAAUAGGAAAUUAUGACAGUGAUAAAGCGAUAUUUGUAUGUGAGGCAAUGAUGCAGAGUAGCGGUGAAAUUGUAUCGUGCGUUUGUCCAUCUUCUAAACAGAUUGUCACUGCAGGCACCAGUUCGGUCGUUACUGUUUGGGAAUACGCCAAACGUCAGCUUUCUAUCAAACAGUGCUUAUAUGGGCACACUGAUGCUGUAACUUGUUUAGCUUCAAGUCCCGCAUACAAUGUCAUCGUUUCUGGCUCUCGAGAUGGUACCGCAAUAAUUUGGGAUUUGUCUCGCUGCCUCUUUGUUCGACAACUCAGAGGUCAUGCAGGUCCAGUUGCUGCAGUAGCAAUUAAUGACUUGACGGGUGAUAUUGCGACUUGCGCUGCUACCUGGCUUCAUGUGUGGAGUAUAAAUGGUGAAGAGCUGGCCAGUGUAAAUACUUGUGUCGGUCGAGCUGACCGGAUGCAACAAAUACUGUGCGUCGCGUUUAGUCAGACACACGAAUGGGACUCGCAAAAUGUUAUAAUGACUGGAUCGACGGACGGUGUUGCCAGAAUGUGGUCAAUGGACUUUGUUCAAGUACCUGCUGAGGAUGAGAAAGCUGAAGAAAUUGAAGUGAAAAAAGAGGUGGAAGAAGAUUUUUGCAAUGUUAAAAGUGACAAUGAAAAUACUAAGAAAAGAGUUCACGAUCUUGUCAAGCAAAUAAGUAUGUCUACCGAACGUACAGGUAUGUUGGUCAAGAGUGGGUCUGAAAGCAGUCUUUCCGAGACUGAAAAUUCUAAAGAAGCAUCUCGUCUUCACGAGGAAAAGGAAGAAUGUUCCGACAAUGAAUCGAACAAUGGUUCAAACAAUAAACCUGCUCAGCAAAGUAAUCAUGCUGCUACUGUGGUACUGAGAAGAAAGAGCCGGUGCAAUCCAAUGUUCAGAAAAAGUGAAGGAGGUGGGCGAGCUGAUAGUGAAGGAUCCCAAAUAAGUGAAUCAGUUGUGGGCACCGGAGAUAAUACAGAAGGUGCUUUGAGAGCUAGUAAAAGCGAUACCAGCCUUACAGAUAGUUUUGUCAUGGUGACAGAAGCGGACACCAAGCCAAAGAAAAUUAACCCUCAAAACAUUCUUAGAAACGGUUUUAAGUGGCAGAGACAACUAGUAUUUAGAAGUAAACUGACCAUGCACACUGCCUACGAUCGAAAAGAUAAUGCCGAACCUGCAUCUAUUACAGCACUUGCAGUUUCAAGAGACCAUAGAGCAGUAUACGUUGGCGACACUAGAGGACGCGUGUUUUCUUGGAGUGUAUGUGAACAACCCGGGAGAACCGUUGCAGAUCAUUGGCUCAAAGAUGAAGGAGCUGAUUCUUGCGCUGGCUGUGGAGUGAGAUUCAAUCUAUAUGAACGGCGACAUCAUUGUCGCAAUUGCGGACAAGUUUUCUGUUCUAAAUGCAGUAGAUUUGAAUCUAAGAUUUCGAGAUUGGGCAUUUUGAAACCCGUCAGAGUUUGUCAAGGGUGCUAUGCUGCGCUACGAUCGCAACAUUCUACAGAAUCCAACACUUAAUGUAGUUCAACCAGGUUUUCUAUUACGUAUACCAUUCACUCCUGAAAAAUGGGAGUCAGACAAUUUGUAUAUAGUCAUGAUUGUCUUUGGCAUUCAUUGAAAAUUAGAAUUGAUUGAUACUAGACUCGUGUAAGUGUACCCAUAAUCCUGCACAACGAAUUUAUUGCAAUCUUACUCCAGAACUUGCGUUCAACUAGUGCAGUCAUUUUCUUACUUUUUAAACUUUGAAGUCUUACGUAGCAGAAAUACCAAUACUUGCUAAGUAAUAGAGGUUUUGAGACAGACAAGAACUUCAAAUGUAAAGCAUGGCUCGUUGAAAAUUCUUUCAAUUCCCCGCCAACUGGGCGAGGUAGGAACUAUAUUAUUACAUAUACAAUAUAAUGAUGGCAUGAUGGGUGAAUAUAUAAUUUGAUUGGGAAAUUCGAUUUAUUGAUGACUUUAGCCGUUGACAAAAAAAAAAAAACGAAGAGCUGAUCUUAUGCACGAUAGCAAUGAAAUUCGUUU